AUGAAGCUGUUUCAGAUACCACUAAUAAUUUUGACGAUAAGUUUGGCAGUGGAAAGUAAAGCUCAUGAACAUUUUACUUUUCCACCGCAAUUUCAAACGCCUCACUCCGGGAUGUUCACAUCUGAGAAAAAUCCUUAUCUGCCGCCACAGUCCCACACACCACACCCAUACUUUCCUAUGAGCAAUAUGAAUAAACUGCCGUUUCCAUAUCUACCUGCAUCCGCUACGACCGCUCCAAUUGGGUAUCCGUCACCAUACACCAUGAUGAUGUCAUCGACUAUGAGACCACAACAACAUGACGAUGAUGAUGACGACGAAGAUGAAAAGCCAACAACCCCGAUACCACUCUUCCUACGUAACAAAUUAAAUAACACUGAAAGAAUGCAAAACCAAAGAGCAGAGCGAAGAGAAAUGAGACCUAUACCAAAGAGUUUCCAACAUGCUUUAGAUAGAAUAGAUACAAAAAUGCCGUUUCAGUUUAAUACUAGCCCAGAACCUUCGACGCAAAGUGGAACAUCACGGAGUAUAAUGAUUUCGGACUUCCAAAGAGAUCAUAACGUCGAUCCUAUGAAGGCAUCAGGCAGCUAUCCGGGACUACAGUACGUGCCCCAACCAGGUGUUUUUGUAUCUUCUACGACAGAAACUGCCAUUCCCAUUCUCCGUUUAUCUAAUGAAAUGGAUUUAGAUGGAAGCUUUAGUUACGAAGCUUUAGGAGCAGAUCAGACCCAUUAUGUGCAGCAUAGUCGCAUGGAAAACGCUGGUCCUGGCAAAGAUGAGCAAGUGGUAGAAGGAUCUUAUUCUUAUGUUGGAGAUAAUGGAAAGACUUACACAGUCCACUACAUUGCAGACUCAAAUGGUUUUAGAGCGAGCGGUGACCAUUUACCAGUUGCUCCACCUAUACCAGAAAUAAUACAGAGAGCGGUUCAGUACAACUUAGCAGAGGAAUCCAAAAAGCCACCCCACCUUCAAUCGUGGAAUGAGCAAGACAAAGAAAACGAAGUAAGCGAGAGUGAGAAACGCCAUCAGUUUGCAGUUCAACCACCGAGACUUAGCAGUUUAUUUACCGGUAAAACUCCGUCCUCGUUUUCACAUAGUUUUUCACAAGCAUCGAACACACAAAAUAAUUUAGUAGCCGCAGCUAGUUCGCAAACUCCGAUACAAACCGCUAUUGAUUUUGGAGAUCAAAUGCAAACUAAACAAAACAGUGGAACAAUUUCCCCGCAAAUAACUUUUCUGGCUUCACAAGGCGCUCACGUUCCCUCUGUGAACACACCACAACAAACAAUAGGUAGAAUAUUCACAACUGAGAAGUCAACAAUGCCUCAGUUGGUAAAUUAUGAAGCGAACAUUAAAGAAUCCGACCAAGAGGGCAACAAAGCUUUAUGGAGAUGGCAAUAUGGUUUAAAUGCUAAUGCAAAUCAAAAUAUGGAGAAAAAUUCAAUCUCAAGGUCGUUUGGCGCUGACGAUAUUGUUAUAAAUUUUAAUGACAUGACCCCAGAACAGUACACACAAAUGAUACAACAUCAGCUGGAACCUAGCACGAAAGAAAUGAUUGAAAAGCCCAAAGCUCAAGAGGCAUCAUACAACAAAGAAAAUAGUUACAAUUCUUAUAACUCUAAUGUAGGAAAUAGUUACCAAAUUAACAGUGACAACAUUAAAACAAACUUGGAAGUAAGUGAAAAUAAUCAAUACUCUACCGAAAGAAUUUCUAACCCAGACGACUGGUACAGAAAUCAAAAUGACGUUAAUAAAAAAUAUGUAGAAAAUUCAAGUGAACACACCAGGCAGCUAUACAAUGAAGGCAGUGUAACUUCUAGACCAAAACUCAUCACCCAACAUGACUUCUAUCCUCAGAGCCAAACUGUUACUCAAUCGUACAAUUACGACGAAGACAAUUUCGAAUCAAGGAGAACCAAAAUAUUAAAUACUGAUGCCUCGAAUUUACAUGAGAAUAUGCAUUUGAAUGUUCUGCCCUUAAAUUACGAAAAAAGUCAACAAUACAACCAGAAGCCUAAAAUUGACGAAGGAAAGAGUGAUUCUAAAAUAACUGUAACUCAAGCACCUUUUACAACAAGUACAGUUAAAUUUAUAGACUCUACUACCGCCAGUAAUAACAAAUUUGUAGAUUCAACCAGCAGUAGUAUAUUCAAAUUCGCUGAUUUUAUAGUACCUGAAGGUAAAAGUGACUUUAAACCACUGUUUAAAUUCACUGAACCACCUCAAGAAACUACCACAACUACAACAGAAUCUAGUAUGGAAAACGCAUUUGAAGAAAACGUAUUCUUAAAGAAUCUAUUCGUUCACACUAAACACAGUCAGGACGCAGGUAACAAAAUAAUGGAAGACAAUAAACCUAUUCCAGUAAAACCAAUCGAUACAAAAGCUGAUAAAUAUCCAAAGUACAUACAAUAUCAAGCUAAACCACACGAGAUUAAACUAGCGAAGAAAAAGCCAAUAGAUUUGUCUGAACUACUUAACUACAUGACAAGAAACCAGUUCGAAUCGAACAAGUUGAAAUCAAAACCGAAACAGGCGCCAAAUACUUACAAACAGACAAGAAACGAAGUACAUUAUUAUGCGCCUGAUGAAGAUUUAGACGUAAUACAGGAUAAUAAUAGAAACCACCGUACCAUGCAACAGCAGGAAGAAUUACGAGGUGUUAUCAAAAAUUACAAAGUUUUACACAGAAAUAAUAACUAUUCAAACCAAGAACAAGAUGAUGUUGAUGGUCUUAGACGAAAUUUGAGUCCCCCACCAAUGAAGACUGUAAAUCUACCACCUUUAGGCCGCGCCGGUCCGUCAAUGAAAAGCUACCUGCCGCCAAUUUACGUUUAGCGAAACCCUGUGAUUAAUUUAGAUGCUUCGUUAUUUUAAAAUUUAU